UGUUUAUCACGUAUGGCCCGUACGAUAACCAAUAUGUUGGUAUCAGGUGUUACCAAAGCUAACAAACCCAUGUGCAGUACCGAUGCAACCAAACGGACCUUUUUGAAGCACUCAAAGUGUGGUAAUAUCAACAUUGAAGACAAACACAAGUGUAUGGAUGUGUUUGUCGGUGAUCUUAGACGUACGGAAACAGAGGACAAGGAUAAAAAGAUACCGUAUUUUUGUUGCAAUUUUUGGCACUUCAAAGAUUGUAUAAGAAAAUCGUUUACAUCAGUGGACACCAAUCGUUGUCCGAAAGAGUCGAUUGACGCCAUAUUGAAUCUAAUCAAUGGCUAUUCAAACGAUGCACUGGACUUACUGUGCGGUGAAUAUGACGACGGAAGUGCCAAAUGUCGACAAUUGAGAAACAGUAGGACAACGGCGGCGACGACGACGACGACAUCGACAUCAAAGAGUACAUCACGUAAAGGAAAGUCCAGUUCCUCGCGAUCGAUGCUUCCGUCGUUUAUCAAUAUAUUUACCAAUUUAUAAGACAAUUAUUAUUAUUAUUAAG